AGCGACUUACAACUUAGUUGGCCAUACCGACUUCUCACUCUUUCGCACUCGCCGAGCCCCUCUCUCUCAGUCCACAAGAUCUACUUCCCAUCACUAUCCACCUGUUCGUUCGUAUACCACCGCAAUCAUGCCGCGAGCCGAAGUUGGGUCGACGAAGCACAUCGCCAACCAGAUGAAGUCGAAAGGACUUCAGCGGUUGCGAUGGUAUUGUCAGGCAUGCCAACGGCAAAUGCGGGAUGAGAACGGCUUCAAGUGCCAUGUCGCAGCAGAAUCUCAUGUGCGACAAAUGCAGAUCAUCGGCGAAGAUCCGCGGAAAGCCAUAAAUGAUUUCUCGAACCAGUUCCACAGAGACUUUCUACAGUUGCUGCGAACGGGACAUGGAGAGAAAAAAGUGAACGUGAACCACUUCUACCAGGAAUACAUCCACAAUAAGGAACAUAUCCAUAUGAAUGCCACGAAGUGGCCCAGCUUGACCGAAUUCGCGAAACAUCUGGGUAGGCAGGGACUGUGCCGAGUGGACGAGGACGACAAGAAUGAUGGUAAAACCGGCGCGAGCGGUUUGACAAUUAGCUGGAUCGAUAAUAGCCCGGAUGCAUUACGAAGACAGGAAGCAUUAAGGAAAAGAGAAACGCAGGAUCGUGGUGACGAGGAGCGUGAACAGAGAAUGAUACAGGAGCAGAUUCGAAGGGCCAGGCGUGAAACAGUGGACGAGACAUUGGGAGAUGAAGAGGAGCCUGAUGUGGGAGUCCAUGCUGAAGGUGGUGGCAUCAAACGCAAAGACGGUGAAAAGAUUGUCCUCAGCUUUGGUGCAAAGAAAUCAACUACGGAGACGACUCAGCCUCCUACGCCUCCACUAUCCGACGAAGAGGAGUCCAUUUCCGAACAAGAAAAGAUUCAAGCCGGGUCUGCCGCGGCGACGCCUCGGCCAAACGCCGCGAAUUCGCCAGAUCCUUCGGAAGCCAACAUUCAGUCGGCACAACCUAAGGCGCCUAUUUCGAUGUCUUUUGGUGCUGCCUCAGCCAAGCCAAAGAACGUCUUUGCAGCAGCUUCCAAGAGAAACCCUCUCGCAGGAUCGAAAAAGCCUCUUACUACGAGCACUUCAAGACCUAUGAGCGAAGCAGAAAGAAUCAUGAAGGAGGAAAUCGAGCGAAAGCGGCAACGCGACGAGAAGGGUUUCAAACCUAGCGCCAACGUCUUCAAAAAGCAACGCGUGUCAUGACCCUUUAGCCGCAAGCUGAGAGGCCCCAUCCAAGGGCU